AUGUGGCGUUUCGGUAUAUUAUUGAUCGUGACACUCAUACACGCUGAGAGCAAGGAAAGCGAGAAUAUUGAGGAUUCAGGUGAACGAGACUUUGCCGGGGAUUACAACGUCACAGGGAAUUACUCGCAAGUGAAUAUCGAUGAAAGAGAAGAUUACAGCGGUGAACGCAUCGGAGCUACUGUUACUCAAAUCUUCAAACACCCAUAUGCAGCAUCGUUACUCAAGAAUGACAGCUAUGUGUGCAGUGCUGUCAUUCUAAACACGUACUGGUUGCUGACACUGUCGAAGUGUUUCGAAACGAGUAUAAUCACAUCAUAUGUAACACAUAGGCACCUGAACAACUACACGAUUAGAACGGGAAGCUCCUAUAACAAUAAAGGAGGCUCUAUUUCAAAGAUAAAAAUGCUCAUAAAUAACUUCGAUAUAAAAGUAUCAGCUAUUAAGUUGACCGCACCCUUAGUCUUCAGCUUCAAAGUCGACGCUGUUCGUUUACCAAGUCCAGAUGGGGUCGAGUCUCUUGGUUCAUUGGCGACUAUGCUGGCAUGGAUGCCGAAUAUGCAUUUGAGAGCAGUAAAUGCACCAAUUAUAAGUCCAACCAUAUGCGAACCUUCAGCUCCAUGGACCUCUGGAAGAUAUAUUUGUAUGGGUGGUGUGCAGGAUCCUAAUAGACACUUUUGUAGGAAAGACAAUGGCGGUGCGGUUAUUCAGAACAACACUCUGAUAGCUUUAUCAUCAUUCUUACAUACGUGCGCCUUGUACACGAAGAUUCACGCUUUCCCUAAAGUCUCUACAUUCGCACGAUGGUUGGACACCGUGAUAUGGGACGAAAACAAUCGCCCUAUGACAACAAAUACUCCAUCUACAUCUCAAACGACGCAACUAGUCCUGAACACAACAGAACCUACAGAGUAUAACUUGUUUAUGGAUCCUAGACAUUUAAUGGUGACUCUACCAUUUGAUGCAGUGAACGUUCCCCUAGAACCGGCCGGAGAUAACUCAGUGAUACCAAGAAUGAGUUUGUAUGAGUCUUAUCUUCAAAGUCUGACAAAAGCAAAACUGUCUACUACGCUAGCUCCAAUUAUAUUGGAUGAUGAGAAGAAAGAAUGGUUGAAGAAGUUUGGCAAGACUUUUUUAAUGGCGUCACGAAACCAAUUGAAGAAUGAUGAAUUGUUUGAUUACAAUUAAUGACUAUAGCACAUAAAUAAAAUAAAAUAAAAAUAAAAAGCCUUUAUUUGACCAUGCUACAAUACAUCUUA